UCCAGUGCUGCUGUCUACUCGUCCGCGGUUGUCUCCUCUGCCGCCACCCCGUCCGCAACCUCCAGCCCCUCCACCGGUGGCACUAAGCGUGGUCUUGCAUACAACGAUGCCUCCCUCACCACCUGCUUCGAGGGCGAUAACACCAUCUCCUGGGCAUACAACUGGGCUCAAACCUCCUCAGGGCUCAACUCCAAGUUCGAGUACGUCCCCAUGCUGAUCGACCUCCGCGACCAGUUCACCAGCACCUGGGAAACCAACUGGAAGGCGGCGCUCAAGUCCGGCUCCACCAACUUCAUGUCAUUCAACGAGCCCGAACUCCCAGCCCAGGCCAACCUCACCCCCAAAGUUGCCGCCGCCAAGCACAUCGUGUACAUGAACCCCGUCAAGGCCGCCGGUGGACGCGUUGCCUCGCCCUCUGUCACCAACGGCGAUGCAACCCAGGGCUAUGGUCUCGGCUACCUCAAGGCGUGGGACAUUGAAUGCGCUGGCCAGUGCGACUAUGACGUUGUCAACAUCCAUUGGUAUGACUCGGCUACCAACAUCCAGUACUUCAAGGACCACGUCACCGAGGCGCACACGCAGAGCGGCAAGCCUGUCUGGCUCACCGAGUUCGCGGCCACGGGCUCUGAUGACCAGGUCGCCACUUUCCUCAAGACCGUGCUGCCGUGGUUGGACGAGCAGCCCUUCGUUGAGAAGUACAGCUACUACAUGGUUGCUGAUGGAAAGCUCGUUAGCGGCACCACUCCCAGCACUAUUGGCUCGGUGUAUGCCUCCGCUUAA